CGCGCGCACGUCUCCCAUCAGUUUGUGUGUGAACAAGACUUCCGGUGGUGUGUCAUGGCGGUGGCAUGGUGAAUCCUGCAGAAAGGGAAAAAUACUCGUCCCUCUCUUUCUCCCCCGUGGUUUUUGGACGCUUUUGGAUGCAGAAGUGAGCCGUGUGCGAGCCGCGGCCCCUUCGCUCGCUCGCCCCUUCACUCGGCAGCGUUAUGGCGGCUCACAAGCCCGUGGAGUGGGUGCAGGCCGUGAUCUCCAGAUUUGAUGAGCAGCUUCCUAUCAAAGUGGGACACCAGAACACUCACACUAAAGUCAGCACGGAGCACAACAAGGAGUGUCUCAUCAACAUCUCCAAGUACAAGUUCUCCCUGGUCAUCAGCGGCCUCACCAACAUCCUCAAGAAUGUCAACAACAUGCGAAUAUUUGGAGAAGCGUCGGAGAAGAACCUGUACCUCUCUCAGCUCAUCAUCCUGGACACGCUCGAGAAGUGUCUGGCUGGGCAAUCGAAAGACUGCCUGCGGUUGGAUGAGACGAUGUUGGUGAAGCAGUUGUUGCCUGAGAUCUGUCACUUCAUCUACACGUUCAGAGAAGGCCAGCAGCACGCCGCCGAGCUCCGCGCCUCUGCCUCCGCCGUGCUGUUCUCUCUGAGCUGCAACAACUUCAACGCCGUCUUCAGCCGCAUCUCCACCAGACUUCAGGAGUUGACUGUGUGUUCAGAGGACAAUGUUGACGUCCACGACAUUGAACUGAUGCAGUACAUCAACGUGGACUGUUCCAAACUCAAGAGGCUGCUGCAAGAAACCGUCCUAAAAUUUCGAGCCCUAAAGAAACCUGCCCAACUCGCAGUCAUCAACAGUUUAGAAAAGGCGUUUUGGAACUGGGUGGAGAAUUAUCCCGAUGAGUUUACCAUGCUCUACCAGAGACCUCAGGCCGACAUGGCAGAAGCUGCAGAGAAGUUGUUCGAUCUGGUGGACAGUUUUGCCGAAAGCGCCAAAAGGAAAGCUGCAGUUUGGCCCCUUCAGAUCAUCCUCCUGGUCCUCUGCCCCGAAAUCACACACACCAUCUCCAAAGACACGGUGGAGGACAGCAAGGCCAACAAGAAAUUAUUUUUAGAGAACCUGCGUAAGGCUUUGGGUGGAGGGAACAAGCAGCUGACGGAGAGCGCGGCUGUGGCCUGUGUCAAGCUGUGCAAAGCCUCCACCUACAUCAACUGGGAAGACCACUCCACCAUCUUCCUCCUGGUGCAGUCCAUCGUCAUAGACCUCAAAGCUUUGCUGUUCAACACAGCCAAACCGUUCUGGAGGGGGACAGGAAGUCAAAACGCAGACGUGGAGCUGAUGAUGGACUGUUUCGUCUCCUGUUUCCGCAUCAACCCUCACAACAACCAGCAGUUCAAGGUCUGUUUAGCUUCCUCGUCUCCCUCCACGUUCCACUUUGUCCUGGUCAACUCUCUGCACAGAAUAAUCACCAAUUCUCAUCUGGACUGGUGGCCGAAGAUUGACACAGUUUACUGUUACUCUGGAGAGCUGCGGUUCAUGUUUGCAGACACACUCAACAAAGUCAUGCAGGGGCUGGCCAACCACCCCCCCAUCAGGAUGACACCGAGUCUGACGUUCAAAGGGAAGAUGUCGACGAGCCUGAAGUUUAAGGAGAAGGCCACAGACCUGGACACGCGCAGCUACAAGUGCCUCCUCCUCGCUCUGGUCAAACUCAUCCACGCUGACCCCAAACUGCUGCUGCAUAAUCCGGUGAAGCAGACGGCCGAGAUGCAGAGCAGCACAGCAGAGCUCAUCACAGGCUUGGUGCAGCUCGUGCCUCUCACCAACACCACACAGCUGUCCCAGGAGGCCAUGGAGGCGUUGUUGGUGCUACAUCAGCCUGAGACUAUUGAGCUGUGGAACCCUGAAUCCCCCAUAGAGACCUUCUGGGACAUCAGUUCUCAGGUGCUGUCGAUGAUUUGCCGGAAGCUGAUUGGCCAACAGAUCGUGAACGGGACGGAGGUGCUGAAGUGGCUUAGGGAGAUCCUCAUCUGCAGGAACAAGUUUCUGCUCAAGAACAAGGAGUGUGCGACGAUGGGCAGUGCAAUCCCCAUGUGUCGACAGGCACAGACGAAGUUGGAGGUGUGUCUGUAUAUGUUUCUGUGGAGCCCGGACACAGAGGCUGUGCUUGUCGCUAUGUCCUGCUUUAGACACCUGUGUGAAGAGGCCGACAUCCGCAGCGCUGCUGACGAAAUGCCAGUCCAGACCAUCCUGCCAAACUACGCCACCUUCAGCGAGCUCGCCUCCGUCAGCAACAUGAUGGGCACAGGUCGUUCUACAUUACAGAAGAGAGUCAUGGCUUUGUUACGUAGAGUAGAGCACCCCACUCCUGGAAACAUCGAGGCCUGGGAGGACACUCACGCCAAAUGGGACCAAGUCACAAAACAGAUCCUGAACUUCCCCAAAAACAAAGCGGACGAUGGGCAGCAGGAGUGGAUAAACAUGACCGGCUUCCUGUGCGCUCUGGGAGGGGUGUGUCUGCAGCAGCGUAGCACCCCAGGACCAGCCACCUACAGCCCCCCGAUGGGCCCCAUGUCCGAACGCAAGCACUCCAUGAUCUCUAUGGGACUGUGUGACGGCUCCAUCGGCCUGGGCUCCUCCUGCUCCUCCUCUGCCUCCAGCGAGAGCCCCGUCAGCAGGUUUCUGGACAGACUCCUGGCCCUCUUGGUCUGUGGACACGAUCGGGUCGGACUGCACGUUAGGACCAAUGUCAAAGACCUACUGGGACUAGAGCUGAGUCCGGCUCUGUAUCCAAUGCUCUUCAAUAAACUCAGGAACAGCAUCGGCAAGUUCUUCGACACACAGGGCCCGGUUCCCAUUAACGACACAAAUACUCAGUUUGUGGAGCAGACCAUCGCCAUCAUGAAGAACCUCCUGGACAACCACACAGAGGGCAGCUCUGAGCACCUGGGCCAGGCGAGCAUCGAGACCAUGAUGCUCAACCUCGUCAGAUAUGUGAGAAUUCUGGGAAAUGUAGUCCAUGCCAUUCAGAUCAAAACCAAACUGUGCCAACUGGUGGAAGUGAUGAUGGAGCGACGGGACGACCUCUCCUUCUGUCAAGAGAUGAAAUUCAGGAACAAGAUGGUGGAGUAUUUAACCGACUGGGUGAUGGGAACGUCCAAUCAGGCGGCAGACGAUGACAUCAAGUGCCUGACCAGAGACCUGGACCAGGCCAGUAUGGAGGCGGUUGUGUCUCUUUUGGCUGGUUUACCGCUGCAGCCCGAAGAGGGAGAUGGGGUUGAACUCAUGGAGGCCAAAUCUCAGCUCUUCCUCAAGUAUUUCACUCUCUUCAUGAAUCUCCUGAAUGACUGUUCGGAGGUGGAGGACGAUGGUCAGGCUGUGGGAGGGCGUAAAAGGGGCAUGUCCCGACGUCUCGCCUCCCUGAGACACUGCACCGUCCUCGCCAUGUCCAACCUGCUCAACGCCAACGUGGACAGCGGCCUCAUGCACUCCAUCGGUCUGGGCUACCACAAAGACCUGCAGACCAGAGCCACGUUCAUGGAGGUCCUUACAAAGAUCCUCCAGCAGGGGACAGAGUUUGACACUUUGGCUGAGACAGUUUUGGCCGAUCGGUUUGAGCGUCUUGUGGAGCUGGUCACGAUGAUGGGAGACCAGGGGGAGCUGCCCAUAGCCAUGGCUCUGGCCAAUGUGGUGCCCGGGUCACAGUGGGAUGAGUUGGCGCGUGUUUUGGUGACUUUGUUCGACUCCCGUCACCUGCUCUAUCAGCUGCUGUGGAACAUGUUUUCUAAAGAAGUGGAGCUCGCAGACUCGAUGCAAACACUGUUCAGAGGAAACAGCCUGGCCAGCAAGAUCAUGACCUUCUGUUUUAAGGUCUAUGGAGCGGCCUAUCUGCAGAAACUCUUGGAGCCACUUUUACGAGGUGUGAUCACAACACCUGAGCACAUCAGCUUUGAGGUCGACCCCACCAGACUGGAGCAGGGUGAGAACUUGGAGGAAAACCAAAGGAACCUUCUCCAGAUCACGGAACGUUUCUUUCAGGCCAUAAUCGGUUCAUCCAGCGAAUUUCCACCUCAACUCCGCAGCGUCUGCCACUGUCUUUACCAGGCUACUUGCCACUCUCUACUGAAUAAAGCUACAGUAAAAGAAAAAAAGGAAAACAAAAAAGCAGUGGUCAGUCAGCGCUUUCCUCAGAACAGCAUCGGAGCUGUGGGCAGUGCCAUGUUUUUGAGGUUUGUGAAUCCAGCCAUCGUAUCGCCGUACGAGGCCGGGAUUCUGGACAAGAAACCUCAACCGCGGAUAGAACGGGGGCUCAAACUCAUGUCUAAGAUUCUCCAGAGCAUCGCGAACCACGUCCUGUUUACGAAAGAGGAACAUAUGAGGCCAUUCAACGACUUUGUGAAGAGCAACUUCGAUGCAGCCAGAAGGUUUUUCUUGGACAUCGCGUCGGAUUCUCCUCCCAGUGACUCUGUGAACCACAGUCUUUCUUUCAUCAGCGAUGGAAACGUUUUGGCUCUGCACCGUUUACUGUGGAACAACCAGGAGCGCAUCGGCCAGUACCUCUCCAGCAACCGGGACCAUAAGGCAGUAGGCAGACGCCCCUUUGAUAAAAUGGCGACUCUUUUGGCCUAUCUGGGACCCCCUGAACACAAACCAGUGGCUGACACGCACUGGUCCAGCCUCAACCUCACCAGCUCCAAGUUUGAGGAGUUCAUGACCAGACACCAGGUUCAUGAAAAAGAGGAAUUCAAAGCACUGAAGACGCUGAACAUCUUCUACCAGGCCGGGACGUCAAAAACAGGGAACCCAGUAUUCUACUAUGUGGCCCGAAGAUUCAAAACUGGACAAAUUAACGGCGACCUUCUCAUCUACCAUGUCCUCCUCACUUUAAAACCAUACUACGCCAAACCCUACGAGAUCGUGGUGGACUUAACUCACGUCGGCCCUAGCAACCGCUUCAAAACUGACUUCCUGUCCAAGUGGUUCGUUGUGUUCCCUGGUUUUGCGUAUGAAAACGUGGCGGCCGUGUACGUUUAUAACUGCAACACUUGGGUGAGGGAGUACACCAAGUAUCACGAGAGACUGCUGACGGGGUUGAAGGGGAGUAAGAAGUUGCAGUUUAUAGAUUCACCGGCAAAAUUGGCAGAACACAUAGAGCCAGAUCAACAAAAGCUCCCUGCAGCCACUCUGACGCUGGAGGAAGACCUGAAAGUGUUCCACAACGCACUCAAGCUAGCGCACAAAGACACCAAAGUUUCCAUUAAAGUGGGCUCCACGGCUGUCCAGGUGACUUCGGCCGAGCGCACCCGCGUCCUGGGGCAGCCCGUGUUCCUGAAUGACGUUUAUUAUGCCUCAGAGAUAGAGGAGAUCUGUUUGGUGGACGAGAGCCAAUUCACUCUGACCAUGGCCAACCAGGGCACGCCUUUGACCUUCAUGCACCAGGAGUGUGACGCCAUAGUGCAGUCCAUCAUCCACAUUCGGACCCGAUGGGAACUGUCUCAGCCCGAUUCCAUCCCACAGCACACCAAGAUCAGACCCAAAGACGUGCCGGGGACUCUGCUCAACAUCGCACUGCUCAACCUGGGUAGCUCUGACCCCAGCCUCAGAUCUGCAGCCUAUAAUCUCUUGUGCGCUCUGACCUGUACGUUUAACCUGAAAAUCGAGGGCCAGCUGCUGGAGACCUCAGGCCUCUGUAUCCCGGCCAACAACACCCUCUUCAUUGUCUCCAUCAGCAAAACGCUCGCCGCCAACGAACCGCACCUCACACUGGAGUUUCUGGAGGAGUGCAUCUCCGGAUUCAGCAAAUCAAGUAUUGAGUUGAAGCACUUGUGUCUGGAGUAUAUGACGCCGUGGCUCCUAAACCUUGUGCGGUUCUGUAAACACACGGAUGACGCCAAACGCCAACGAGUCACUGCCAUUUUGGACAAACUCAUCACCAUGACGAUUAACGAGAAGCAGAUGUACCCCUCCAUCCAGGCCAAGAUCUGGGGCAGCCUGGGACAGAUCACGGACCUCCUGGACGUGGUUCUGGACAGUUUCAUUAAGACCAGUGCGACGGGAGGUUUGGGCUCCAUCAAAGCUGAGGUCAUGGCCGACACCGCAGUGGCUUUGGCAUCGGGCAACGUCAAGCUAGUGUCCAGCAAGGUGAUUGGGCGCAUGUGUAAAAUCAUAGAUAAGACCUGCCUCUCUCCCACUCCCACACUGGAGCAGCACCUGAUGUGGGACGACAUCGCCAUCUUGGCCCGCUACAUGCUCAUGCUGUCCUUCAAUAACUCUCUGGACGUGGCCGCUCACCUCCCGUACCUGUUCCACGUGGUCACUCUGCUCGUAGCCACGGGUCCUCUGUCUCUACGAGCCUCCACACACGGACUGGUCAUCAACAUCAUACACUCGCUCUGCACAUGCUCACAACUCAACUUCAGCGAGGAGACGAAGCAGGUGCUGAGGUUGAGUUUGACCGAGUUUUCGUUGCCCAAGUUUUACCUCCUGUUCGGCAUCAGUAAAGUCAAGUCUGCCGCCGUCAUCGCCUUCCGGUCCAGCUACAGAGACCGCUCCUUCUCCCCGGGGUCUUAUGAGAGAGAGACUUUUGCGCUCUCCUCCCUGGAAACGGUUACCGAGGCUCUGCUGGAGAUCAUGGAGGCAUGUAUGAGAGAUAUCCCGUCCUGCAAGUGGCUGGACCAGUGGACAGAGCUUGCACAGAAGUUUGCGUUCCAGUACAAUCCAUCCCUGCAGCCGCGCGCUCUGGUUGUGUUCGGCUGCAUCAGUAAAAGAGUGACUCACGGACAGAUCCGGCAGAUCAUCAGGAUCCUGAGCAAAGCCAGUCCUCUGCUCAGCAUCGACCGGGGUUUGGAGAGUUGUCUGAAAGGACCGGACAAUUACAACAGCCAAGUUUUGAUAGAAGCCACUGUGAUCGCUCUGACGAAGCUGCAGCCUCUUCUGAGCAAGGAGUCUCCGAUGCACAAAGCCCUGUUCUGGGUGGCAGUGGCAGUGUUACAGUUGGAUGAAGUGAACCUGUAUUCAGCCGGAACAGCGCUGCUAGAACAGAACCUCCACACACUCGAUUCUAUGCGAGUCUUCAACGAUAAGAGUCCAGAGGAGGUGUUUAUGGAGAUACGGCGCCCUCUAGAGUGGCACUGUAAACAGAUGGAUCAUUUUGUCGGCCUCAAUUUUGGUGCAAACUUCAACUUCGCUCUCGUGGGACAUUUACUCAAAGGCUACAGACACCCGUCUCCCACCACGGUCGCUCGGACAGUGAGGAUCCUGCACACGCUCCUGUCUCUCAUCAGUAAAAACCUCAAAUGUGAUAAGUUUGAGGUGAACACUCAGAGCGUGGCCUAUCUGGCAGCUCUGCUCACAGUAUCGGAGGAGGUGCGCAGUCGGUGUAGUCUCAAACACAGGAAGUCUUUGCUGAUCUCAGACCUGUCCAUGGACCCCGUUCCUAUGGAGACGUACUCAAGCCACGCCCCCGACCCCAGCUGCAGGACACUCCGGGAGACGCAGCCAUGGACGUCUCCGCAGGUGUCGGAGCGGUACCUCUCGGCUCAUUAUCCCACAGUGGGACAGAUCAGCCCCAGGACAAGGAAGAGCAUGAGUCUGGAUAUGGGCCAGCCCUCACAAGCCAACACCAAGAAACUCCUGGGGACCAGAAAGAGCUUUGACCACCUCAUCUCAGACUCCAAAGCACCAAAGAGACCGGAGAUGGAGGCAGGGAUGACCACUCCGCCCAAAAUGAGACGAGUGGCAGAGAACGACUACGAGAUCGAAACGCAGAGAAUCGCAAACUCACAUCUACGCAAAGUUUCUGUUUCGGAGUCAAAUGUUCUUUUGGACGAAGAGGUUCUCACUGACCCCAAGAUCCAGGCUCUGCUCCUCACUGUGCUGGCAACACAAGUGAAGUACACCACAGAUGACUUUGACCAGCGGAUCUUGUACGAGUAUUUAGCCGAAGCUAGCGUCGUCUUCCCAAAGGUUUUCCCUGUUGUCCACAACCUGCUGGACUCAAAGAUCAACACUGUGCUGUCCAUGUGCCAGGACACCAACCUCCUGAACCCAGUCCACGGCAUCGUCCAGAGUGUGGUUUACCACGAAGAGUCCCCCCCACAGUACCAGCCAUCAUACCUGCAGAGCUUCGGGUUUAAUGGACUUUGGAGGUUCGCUGGGCCCUUCUCAAAGCAAACCCAGAUCCCGGACUACGCGGAGCUGAUCGUGAAGUUCCUGGAGGCUUUGAUUGACAGUUACCUCCCGGCAGCGGAGGAGGAGAGGGGGGAGGAGCAGCUGAGGACGCCCACCUCCCCCUACCCUCCCACCAGCCAAUCACAGCUCAGCAUCACUGCCAACCUCAACCUGUCCAACUCCAUGACCUCGCUCGCCACAUCGCAGCACUCCCCAGGAGUGGACAAAGAGAACGUGCAGUUGUCUCCCAGCUCCGCUCUGUCCACCGGGGGGCGCACUCGUCACGGGUCGGCCAGCCAGGUCCAGAAGCAGCGCAGUGCGGGCAGCUUCAAGAGACCCAGUAUCAAGAAGAUCGUCUGACCCUCCCUCCCCCUCCUGCCCCUCCCCCCCGACCCCCUUUUCCUCCUCCCAUGUCCCAUACGACGACGAGCCCCCCUCACCCUCUCCUCCUCUUCCUCCUCCUCCUCCCCUGCUCUACGCCGCUUCAGGCACCAUGCUGCACUCCUUUCUCCUUUCCUCCUUUUUCUCCAUUGAUUCAAAAGACUUUAAGUUCUUUUUUUUUUAUAUAUAUUUUUGUUUCACGGAGGAAUAUUAAUAAUAAGGGCAAACUUGAAUCUGUGAUGCUUGACUCGACACAUGGGCUGGAGAACUUUAUGAAAACAAAAAACAAAAAAAACAAAAAAAAAACACACCACGAGACAAUACUGGACUUCCAAACUGGAUUGUCAGUGUUUUGGACGCUCAAAUUGACUGACAGCCUUAAACGCACCACCCCAAUCCAGCCCUGUAUAUAUGUUAAAUAGAGAAAUUAUGUAUAACUUAGUCCUUAGUGCUAAUUUCGAUGUAUACGUUUUUUCCAUGGCGUGCCUUUUGUCAGGGUUUUUCAAUGUGUACAAUUUGUAUAGUAAAAAUCAGACAGGUACCAGUUCUAAAGGAAGGCGUAUACCGUCCCUAUUACCGCCUUCAAAUGAUCGUCAAAUAUACAACGAACCCAUAUUAACCCUGUUGCCUGAAACAUGUAUCCUGUACGACUAAAUAGAGCAACAAUUUUUUUUUUUUUUUUUUUUUUUUUCUUUAUCGGAAACAUGAAGAUAACAAAACACUAGAGGUUCUUGUAAAUAGCUCAACGCGGCGUUCUCCUCCUUUUAAUGUUUUUAUUUUAAAUUUCUUUCAUUUCUUGCAUUUUUUUAUACGUUUUAUAACGGGCAAUAAUCUUCAACCGAUUUUUGUCAACCGCUUGUUUUAGACUCAAAAUGGCCGCCAUGAUAGAUUCAGUUCGGUUAACUUUUACGCAAACUGACUUGUUGUUUUCAUUUUAAUUAAGAAGUUUGGGUUGUUGUCUGAAAAAAAUCUCAUGUGACCACGACUGAAAUCAAGCUGUUCAUAUUUUGAGGUUUUAUUUUAAGAUUUGCAAAUUUUGUCAUUAAGUCAAUUAUAUUUUGCUCAUGUUAGAAUUAUGCACUGACACAAACAAAAUGAAAUUAAUUUUAAAAUCUAAAACUUAGAAAUUGACUUUUGUGAGCUUUUAGCCAUGUUAUUCUGUUACUUCAUCAAAAACAGACUUGGAGUUGUGUUUUAUUUCAUUCACAAAUGUUUGAAUAACCCUUUAUUAUUAGUCUGUCUACAUUUCCCAAGCUCAAAAUGCUCUGUUCCACCUUGUGAUGUCAUGAAGUGGUAGUUUUCAGGUUAACAACAGCUAACUUUUACCUUUUUUUUCAGUAGGGAUUGGCAAUUCUAGGGCUGAAAUCAUCCAAAUGAUUCUAGUGAAGCUGUACGGCGUUUAAAAACAUAGUGGAUUUCUUGUAUUACCACAUGAUGACAUCACAAGGUGGAACAGAGUGUUUUCUGUUUGAGAGAAGAACUAAAUAUGCAGGGUUUGUGUGUUAAACAUGUGUGAAUGAAACAAAAUAUAACUCCAGUUUGUCUCUUUGUGAUGAAGAAACAACAUUAUAACAUAGAUCAGAAAAUAGCGUAAUAUGAGCCCUUUAACGCGUCACUAUUCCUCAUUGAGAUUUUAAAACUAUUAUCUUUCAAAUCUGAGUAAUUUAUAAACUUGCUGACAAUAAAUUCUGUAAGCCCAAAAAUAACCGAAAAUAUGAGAUUCAAUACAAUAUAUAUGAGUUUAUGAGUUUACAAAGUCCGAUUUUUUUACAAAUACUUAAAAUUGGGAGUUAAAACCUUGUACUGUAUAUGGACCGUUUAACGCAAAACAGUUUAGAGACACAUUUACGAUUAACGAUUUACAAUUAAGCUUCACUGUUUAUGUCAAUGAUCUUGAUAUGUUUAGAAAUAAAGUGUGUUACCUCAACCAUCAAAUUAUCGCAAGAUUCUCCAACGAAACUACGUAACUUCUUUUAAAGACGGGGUAUUAUGCAAAAGAAAUGUUGUUUUUAUCUUUCCACCAUGUUAUGACACUGUUCCCUCAUCAAAAAACACGCCAGAUUCUGUCCAAAGCUCCGCCCACAAGCCUACGUCACCCAUAAUCCCACAUGACGACUCUCCAUAGAUAUACAAAGACAUGAUGCAAAACUGUGUACUACAACUUCACAAACCUGACGUGAUGUGUAGUAGUUUCAUAGCGGUAAUUGAUUGGGUUGUGAUGGCGCUCGGGAGGGGGCGUGACUUAGCGCAGAGGGCAAAGCAUUUUUUCAAAACAAUAAAAGAAAACAUGGUGAUCGAAAUAUGUUAUGUUUUAGUAGUAGAAGUAAAAUACCCCCUCUUUAAACACAUUUUCUUCCAGAUAAAGACAUAAUUAUUUGCAUUUGUGACAUUUUUAUCCAUCGAUAUAGUUUUUUUUUUAACUCUAAAAACGAUUGGCCAGACAUUUUAAGUAAACAAAACAUUUUAAUAUCGAAAGGGCUAAGAUAUAUUGCAUUGGUAUGAACAGGACUCCAUUAACACGUGCAUUGCAUUGUAGAGCUACUUUGCUAACUGUAACCAAUCAUACUGUAUUUGUGAUAGUCUUGUUAUUCAUAAACGUUUUAUUUUUGCUUACAUAUAUGUACAAGUGUUAUAUAAGUUACUGCAGUUCCUUGGUAAAUUUGCUCAAAUAGCGACUUUCUAACCCAAUUUUUGAGUUAAAACACAUAAAUUACUCUAUAUUCACACAUAUAAUUAACUUUUCGUUAUCAUUUCAGGUUUUCAAAUCCAUUCUAGUUAUUUUCUAACAAUUUGGACACUACAGUUGCAUCCACACAAAAUUAACCGUACUUAAAGUCCUAUAUUAGACAAAAUGGACUCUUGUGAGCUUUAAGCCAUGUUAUAAUGUUGGUACCGCCUCAAAAACAGACCUGGAGUUGUGUUUUGUUUCAUCCACACAUGUUUUAGUAAUCCUUUAUUAUUAGCCUGUCUGUUCCACCUUGUGAUGUCAUGAAGUGGUAGUUUUCAAAUUAAUAGCUACCAUUUAUUUUUAUUUAUUUUUUUACAUUUUUGUUCAGUAGAGAUUGGCAAUUCCAAAAUGGUGUAAUGUUGGCCCUUUAAAAUGCUUUUUUAAAUUUUUUAUUUUAAUCAGUCCUGUCUGCCUCUAAAAUCCCUCAAAUCUAGUAUCAAAUUUCCUCCGUACAUUUUGUGUCCUGUGAAUACGCUGGUAUCACGUUCCCAUAGUUAUCUCAGCGAUUAGGCGUCAACAAUGGUUUGGUGACAUUAAAACGUGUCAAAUACAAAACUGGAGUCUACAAUAAGACGCUAGUUAUACUGAGACUUAAAGGGGAUGAUGUAAACUGUUUUUAAAAUCCAUAUGACAGGUUUUUAUGUUUUUCUAAUUCUGCGGAUUAUACUCAUAGACUGUUUAUAUAAAUGGACAUAGCUAACGCGCUAGUCUCCGUGUCCGCUUCUUUAUACAGUCUAUGCUUGAAUCUGUACUAAACAUUUAUCAUAGUUUUACACCAGUUAAGUGGAAAAAAAAAGUUUAAGAAUGGUACAAAAAUACACGAAAUAGCCGUUUUCUGACAGUUUAAACUUUCACUUAACAGAAUUAAGGUGUUGCCGUUUACUUUUAUUAGUCUAAUCAUAACUAUUGUGCGAUUUAGACAGGUUUUGGCCGUUUUUAACAUUAUGGUUGCUAGGUAACAGUUAUGGAAUUACCUCUAUGUAUGUCACAUCUGCUGCUUGUGUGGCGUCCAACCAGAAAUUGAAAGAAACUAGUCAAGAUUUGUAGUAAAUUCUUAAAUAUGAUUAUGUAAUGAGUAGUGUAACCUGUCAUAUGUACUUUAAUUUUAAGUAAUCCCAAAAGGUUGUGUUCACAGAAUCCCUAUAAGUUUAAAAUGGAGCUGUUUAACGGUCAGAUUGCAGAUGAUUUGACCUGAUUUAUGGUUAAUAUCUCUGUAAUUCUUGGGCCUAUCCACAUGAAACAAAACCUCGAGUAAAGUUCAACGUCUUCUCUGUUAAUAUAAAUAAACAAAAGUGAUUUUUUUUUUCCCACAGUAGCUUCAGAAAAUGGUGCUAUUGUUCAACCCCAAACACGUCAUAGCUGAAAAGAUAGCAUUAAGACCUGGCAAUGGCUUCAAAUGGGAAGUUAUGCUCCAGAAAUAUGUUGAAGUCAGUUAAAUCUAGUAAAAAAAAUAAAAAAAUAAUCCAACUUCAUGUCAUUUUAACCAAUAUAAUGUUUUGUUGCAUAAGACGAUUUCCAUUCACCAGUACCAUAGCAGUUCUCAUUUCUGAUUGGAUUAAAUCAUACCCUCCUUAUUUUAAACGUAUAAGCUCUUUUAACUAUUACGUAAUCACAAGUUUUACUAACGAUCCGAUCCGUUGUAACCCAGGCAACCCAAUUUAGAAAACCACCCAACAGCUCAACUACACCCGUUUUGCCGAACUCGUUACGUCAUUUAUGGAACAUUUUAAACUUUUUUUUUAUUGUCAGCAUUUUUUUUUUAUAACUUUUGAAAAUUGAAGGAUGUUUUUAAUGCCAAAUACAAGUUUACGUUCACAUCCAUGGUACGAUUUUCUCAUAGAUUUUGAUAAAUUCGCCAAUAUUACUUUAACCCUGGCUUAUUUAGUUUGUGCCAACCAACCAAGGGGGAAAUGAUAAUAGUUUAGUAUCAUUUUAAAGGGCCACAUGUGUUCAUAGAUAGAUUUUCAAGAUGUUAACAGUCGAAAAAUGAAAAAAAA